AAUUUCUUUCUUGUUUAUUUCUUUCAGUUUUCUAAUCACUAACAUGGCUGAUAAAAAUAUGAAAGUGGACUACAUAGCUGAUGACUUGAAGAGGAAGACAACAUUCAACAAAAGGAAGCAUGGUAUAACUAAGAAGAUUAAUGAAAUCACCACCCUCUGUGGAAUUGAUGCAUGUGGUAUAAUCUAUGAUGAAAACAAUGAUGGAGCAACAGUUUAUCCAUCAAAAAAAGGAGUCCAAAUGGUGUUGGACAAGUUUAAGAGUUUUCCUGAAUCGGAACAAAGAAAAGGAAUGCUGGAUCAUGAGGGCUUUUUGAGCCAAUCCAUAAUGAAAUCCAAAGAGAAGUUAAAGAAACUAAAGGGCAAGUCCAAGAAGAAGAAAAUGAAUGAUCUACUUGGUGAAUUCAUUUAUACGGGUGAAUUUGAUGGAAAUGUGAGCGAGAGUGAUCUCGAAGAUCUAUCGUCGCUUAUUGGUGAUUACCGAAAAGAAAUCGACGAGAGGAUCGAAUCAAGUCAAACCUGAACCCAAGCCUAACAUGGAUUGGAAAUGGGGUUGAU